ACAUUCGCAGAUUGCUUUUAUUUCAGGCAGUAUACAAAGCAGCCGUAGGGUCCUAAUAUUUGAACUUUACUCGACCAAUCGGAUGUCUCCAAUUCGGCAGCUCUGCCGUUUGAAAUAAUUGCGGAAAGAUUUAGGGUAGUGAGUGAGUGGUUUUGGAUAUGUGGACGCUUCGCUGUACGGAAGCAUGUAUGUUUGUGUUUAACAAGUGUGGUUAGUUAAUCUAUUAUGAUGUUUUAGCUGUAGAUAAAUGCUAUUAGUUCGUAACCUUAUGUAUGCAGUGCUGGAUUUAAGUCGCUAGACUGUAUUGUUAGCCAAAUUAUAAGCUAAGUUAGCGAGUUAGCGGAAAUGCAAAUGCUGUGUGUAUACUAUUUAAGCUAAUGUUUGGCAUAGUUAACGUUAGUAUUUACUUGUUAGUUAGCGAUAACCCAACUUUUUAUAUUUUUAUAUGAAACCUAGUCAUUUGUAACUUGUGCAUCAGUGUCUAGCCUAAAGUUACGUAUUGAAAGUAAGAUUGAAGAAGGUUUUUGUAAGUUUGACGAGGGAUUUAACGAGAGGACUGUUCAGCGAACUAAGGAUUGAAAUUAUUCUGAGAGUAAAAAGCUCAUGUUGGCAAGUGUUGGUGGCUUGGUCGCUGGUUAGCUGAGUUACUAGCUAACGUUAGUGCCUACGAUUGUACGAAAGUUGGAUUCAGAUAGUUUUUUGGAAAGUGAGAAUGAAGGUUUUAGAAAGAAAUGUGAUGCGACUUGCAGUCGUGCAACAUCUUCGUGCUACAUACAACAUCAAGACAAAGAACUGGAACAAAAACAAACAGAACAGCAAGCUGUCAGCAAGCCAGUCGGUGAAAGUGUUUGGUGUACCACUCGAAGGUUUGCCCCAUUGUCCCCUGCUCGAUUAUGGCAGCGUACCAAGCUUUCUUGUGGACGCCUGCACAUAUCUAAUGGUGCAUGCAAACACAGAGGGUUUGUUCAGAAAGUCGGGGUCCAUUGUUCGCCUGAAGGCUCUCAGGGCUAAGCUGGAUCAGGGUGAGGACUGCUUGUCGUCUGCUCUCCCUGUGGAUGUGGCCGCACUGCUGAAGCAGUUCUUCAGGGAGAUGCCGGAGCCUGUGCUGUCCACGGAGCUGCACGCGUCCUUCCUCAAGGCCCAGGAGCUGCCCACAGAAGAGGAGCGGACCUCGGCCACCAUGCUGCUGUCCUGCGUGCUGCCUGAUCGAAACUUAAACACCAUGCGGUACUUCUUCAGCUUCCUCCAGAGUGUGUCUCAGAGGAGUGCUGAGAACAAAAUGGACAGCAGUAACCUGUCUGUGAUCUUCGCCCCUAACCUCCUGCACUGUGCAGAGGGGGCUGAGAAGAUGAACGCUGCCACUGAGAAGAAGCUCAAGCUGCAGGCCGCCGUGGUGCACUGCUUCAUACAGAAUGCGCGGGACUUCGGUGUGGUUCCCCAGUUCCUCCAGGAGAAGGUUCCAGCCAUGCUGGGCUGUGGGGCUGGUCUCUUCUCCCCGCCACUGGACCACGUGGAGGAGAACAGUGCCAACUCAGGCCUGAGGAGGAGCGGGAGGCGCAGCCUAGGAGAUUUGGUAAAUGGAGCACUGAAUAAGUUUUUAGUUAAUAGAACCCCUACAAGCACCCCCAAGUCUGAAGAAAGGGUGUUUUCCUCUGCAACCCCAGUGAUUAUGACGCCCAGGACCAAGCGCAAGCUUCCCAUGGACUCGGACCAGAACCGCGAGUCCUCCAACAAGAAACGCAGGUCCAUCAAGAAGAACCUGGGCAUCGAGCUGCUCCCCCACGUCUUGUUUGGCGCUGGGUCCACCCCUGGAUCAGUACACAGCGCCUGUUCUCCUUCAGUGGUGUCUACGGGCAAGACCACCAGACUGGCGGUGAGCUCUGCCCGCAGAAAGAGCAAAAGGCUGAGUUACAGAACCCAUCAGAUCAACAGGCAUGAGUCAGGCAAAUCUGGUUGCUUUUCUCCCAGAGUUCCUAAGAAAGAUGCAGCCAGGAAGUCCCUGCGUCUGCGCUUUAGCCUGGGCAAAGGCAUCAAAGAGACUACGUUUGGCUCACAGUCUCUCGGAGUGGCAAAGGGAUCAGAGACCAUUGGCUGGCGCCUGGCCACCCAGGACAGCACCACCAGUUUUCACGUCACCAAAGAGCCUGAUAGUAGCCCUGCUGUUAUUUUACGCAACAAGCACGCGUGUAAAGUCACCAAAUACAUCAGCCAAUCGGAGGACAACCUGCUGUCUCCCCAGCAUGGCCCUGAGGACUAUCGGAGCUCCUGGAAUGGCGAGACGCCUGACGGGGCCCCACCUUACCUGCACGACUCCUUCUCUGACACCCCCAUGAACGUGUGCCUGAAGAACAACUACUUCUCCGAGCCCGCCAUAGUCAGCGCCAAGCCCCCCGCAGUCUGCAGCCUCCCUAAGGCUAUUUGCUGCGCCACUAGUGCCGAGAGCCUGGACAGCGCCUGUUCUAUCGCAGAGGAGGGCUCCUCGACCGGGCCCACCCUGCUGAAGAUCAAUAGGGCCUUCAGGGAGUCUGGCAAUGCCCUGCAUGCUGUAGUAAAGGACCACAGCGCCUCUUGUGGACGGGAGGAGUUAGGACAACAGGAGAGGAGCCACCAUAGUGAGGCCCAGGCCUCUGUGCCAAAGGGCAGUGAAGAGACACUGAAGAGCGAAGGCUGCUUGGGUGUCCUCACCCCUGCCUAUAAGUGCGUAGUGGACGAGCAAAAUAUCACAUUCGGACAGAUCGAAAUCGUCCCCCUGUCCCCUCUUCACAUUGACAGUGCCUUGUUCGAAUUCGGGGGAUGGGACAGCAGAGAACAGUCCAGGGGGACCUUGGACAUGUCCACCUGUGCCGUCUAUGGCAGCCGCGACACCCUGGAUGAGCUGGACGAGGCGCCGGAAGCGGUCAACUGCAGCCAGCUGAUUGACGCGUUGGACAUUCAGAGUCCCGUGGUGUUCCGACUGAACUCUGUAGGCUGCCAGUCCACACCACACAAAGCCCAGCAGGAGUUGUUUAAAGAACCUUCACUGGUGCAGUGGGAGAGCUGUGGAGGUUCUAAGCCAGGACGAGACACGGUUGAACCAAAAAGUGAGGCUGCGCUCGCCAAGCCAAACAAGGAAGGCGUGGUCGUGAAGGUGGCGGACCAGAUCCAACGGUUUAACUUGCUCACUCUCAAAUCGCCCCAGGGUAAGAGGGUCCGAUCGCCCCUCAAGUUCCAGAGGACGCCUGUACGCCAGUCCGUUAGGAGGAUUAACUCCCUCUUAGAGAACUCCAGAAAACCUGGAGCCCAAUCGGGAUCCCUCGCGAAGCCUCGCCCCAUGCUGAAGACCACCAGCCUGGACGCUGGUCUUUCCACCGUCACCCAGCUAAAGCCUUUCCUUGCAGAUCCCUCUCAAGAAGAUGCGGUGAUCACCAAGGUGCCAUCCUUCUCCAAAACCCGACCCCCAGUCCCUCCAAAGAGGGUUUCCAUCCGUAACCCCUCUAGGAUCCCUGCCCUGGGAGACGUGACCAAUAAGGUGCCACAGAGGGCAAACGGUGACACCCCGGUAGCCAAUAGGAGUGAAACAUCUGAGCCCCCUCACAAGUCCCUACAGCAGUUGGUGGAGAAAGAAGUGGGGCACUACAGGGGCUCCCCUAGGUACCCCCUUAAUGGGGGCAGGCUCCUGUCCGCUACCAAACCCAUAGACCUUUGAGACGUUCCCACUGCUGUUGAGUCUGGUGCCAUGAGACGGCCAUGAGACUGUCGGUGACUUGACUUCUCAACUGUUCCUUAUGUUACUCUUACUUAUUGUUUGUUUCAGGGGUCUUAAUUUAUUUUUAUCGUUAUUUUUGUAGAGCAGCAUGGUUAGUUGGGUGAAUGUGGUUGAAGUUUGUGUUUAUGCUAUGGUAUAAGUCUUAAGGCUGUUGAAGGUAGACUUGAGUAGAGCUUGUAUGUUAAGGAAUAUAGAGAGUUAGUGUGCUGAGAAGAGUAGUGUGGAUGAGUGUAGGUGUUGUGGUUUGAGAGAAAGCGGAUGUGUUUUCCACAGAGGAUUUGAGUGUGCAACUUUUUACUUGUAUUUGCUUUUAUUUAUGUACUGUAUGUCUGGUGAAUUCUUUGAGUCUUCUAAGAAGAUGUAACUGCAACGGUGAAAUUAUGAACAAAUGUUGUCAAACAGUAUUAGCUCCUGAAGUCUGCUUUAAAUUUGCUGUCCCAUAUUUCAAUACCAAAACAGAAAUUGCAAUCUGAAAGUGGGGGGAACAAAAGUUUUCAGAAAAUUGAUUUUUAUUUUUUAUUACCAUAUAAAUGAUAUCCCAAAAUCCAA